CCGUCUUCCGGUCCCUUUUCCCACGAAGAAGAAAACGCACCGAAAUCCAGUUUGACCCAAACGGACGCCUCCUGACCUACGAACCAAACACCGCGCGCACGCGAGGGACACUUUGGGGAAUAACGAGGUCUCGUGUGUUUUUGUCAUGCCGUCAUCAUUAAAGUGCGCUUUCACCGUGACUCCCGUCAACGUGUCUAGGGAGCUGGAAUGCUAACCGCCGAGCUAACGUUAGCAUGCCGCUCUGGAGAUGUUUGUGGAGGCGGUCGGCGGGCAGGAAGCGGCCGGUUGAACUCCGGCUGAACGUCACGAGGCGCUGCUCGUCGGUUCAGGGGGAAGUGAGGGUCAGGUUCGCACCCAGUCCGACAGGUUUCUUACACCUCGGGGGCCUCAGAACUGCUCUCUACAAUUACAUCUUCGCCAAGAAGUAUGGCGGCUCGUUCAUCCUGCGCCUGGAGGACACUGACCAGAGCCGCCUGGUUCCUGGCGCCGCAGAGUCCAUCGAGGACAUGCUGGAGUGGGCCGGUGUACCUCCAGACGAGAGUCCUCGCCGAGGUGGGCCUGUCGGUCCAUACAUGCAGUCUCAGAGACUGGACCUCUACGGUCAGACGGCCCGGCAGCUCGUCGAGAGCCAUCACGCCUACUACUGUUUCUGCAGCUCUCAGAGACUCGACCUGCUGAAAAAAGAGGCCUUAAGGACUGGACAGACACCGAGGUACGAUAACCGGUGUCGUCACCUUCAGGCCGGGCAGAUCCGAGAGAAACUGUCUCGAGCCGUGCCACAUGUGAUCCGGUUUCGUCUGGAUGCCGGGGUCGAGUCAUUUCAGGAUCUGAUCUUUGGGCGCAGUCAUCAUGAGGUGGCCCAGGUGGAGGGUGACCCUGUAGUGAUAAAAGCAGACGGUUUCCCCACCUAUCACCUCGCUAACAUCGUCGACGAUCACUACAUGAGAAUCAGCCACGUGCUUCGGGGGUCUGAGUGGCUCAUCUCCACCUCCAAACACCUCCUCAUGUACCGUGCUCUCGGGUGGCAGCCGCCCACCUUCGCACAUCUGCCGCUGCUGAUGAACAAAGAUGGCACCAAACUGUCCAAGAGGCAGGGGGACAUUUUCAUUCAAAGCUUCCAGAGAGACGGAGUCCUGCCCGAGGCCCUGCUGGACAUCACAACCCACUGUGGCUCUGGAUUCAACACCAAUCGAAUCGGACGGCAGAUGGACAACCUGAUCGCUGAGUUCAAUCCGUCAAAGAUCACAACUCAUUCUGCUCUGUUAGACCUGGAGAAACUGCCAGAGUUCAACAGAAUUCACCUGCGGCACCGCAUUGAAGACGAGGAGCAGUGUCAGCUGUUGGUAGCGGACCUGCAGGGACGGAUCCAGCGGUCCUGCACGGCAGAGAUCCGGGAUGAGCGAGUGCUACAUGCGGAUUACAUCAGGCGGGUGCUGCAUCUCCGUAAGGGUCACAUAUCCUCUCUGAAGGAGCUGCUGAGUCCCGCGUACUCUUACCUGUGGGUCCGUCCUUCCGUCUCCAGCCAGCAGGUGGCGGCGCUCACCACAGAGGCCCAGCACAUCGCUUCGUUGGUCCUCAAACUGAUGGCUGAGCGAGACGGGGAGCUGGCAGUGGACGGCCUCGGUAAAGAUCUGAAGACGCUGGCUAAGCAGGCCAGAGACACCAAAUACGGAGACGUGAUGAAGCUGUUACGUCUGGCUCUCAGUGGCCUGCAGCAGGGGCCCAGCGUAGCCGAGAUGAUGGUGUCACUGGGGCCCGCCGAGAUCCGCCAUCGACUCCAGAAGCUCUCGCAGCUUUCGGAGGCCGGUUGAUGAAGACGCGCCGCUGUUAAAGACGCGUGGAGGGAAGGGUUGAGUUACCUGAUCCAGCCGAAGAAAAGCGGGAAACGUCUAUUAAGGACUGCACUCCAGAGACGCACGUUAAUUUGAACAAUGCUUGAAUUGUUAUAAAUGUUUUAUAAAAGGAAUGAAAGUGA